CUUCCAACCUGCUUCACCACCCUUCUGGUGGGGGUUGGCCCUCGGCCCUCCAGCCCUUUUUUCCCCACAUGCCCAGGAAGCCAGGGGCCAACAUGGAUCUUCCCAUUGAUAUCAGAUGAGUCUGGAAGCCUCCUCAACUUUUGGGAGACCAUGGAAAGGAACAGCCGCCCGAUUGCUUCCCUGGCAAGGACAUCUCCAGCCCGGGCAGCCCCAACCUGGGCAUUACCUUCCAGGUCAUCAUCUGCCAGAUCAGCCUCAACAGCAUCCUCUCCAACAAGGGUGCACCUUGUUAGAGCAAUACCAGUGAGGGCCACACCUAUCCGGACAUCUCCUGCCACAUCAGGACCAGCCACCAGGGCCACUGGAGAAACCCCAGGUGUCAGCUUGCCCAAGUUCACCUGGCAGGAGGGCCAGAAGCGGCUGCCACUCAUCGGAUGUGUCCUCCUCCUCAUUGCCCUGGUGGCAUCUCUUAUCAUCCUCUAUGGGGAACGAGAGCCCCAGAGUCCAAGAGGGAUUGCAGUCUACUUCUGGCGAGGCCACACAGGAAUCAAGUACAAGGAGCCAGUGGAGAGCUGCUCCAUGCAUGCUGUGCGCUGUGAUGGAGUGGUGGACUGCAAGCUGAAGAGUGACGAGCUGGGCUGUGUGAGGUUUGACUGGGACAAGUCUCUGCUUAAAGUCUACUCUGGGUCAUCCCAUCAGUGGAUUCCUAUCUGCAGUGACAACUGGAACAAUUCUUACUCUGUGAAGACCUGCCAACAGCUGGGUUUUGAGAGUGCUUACCGGACUACUGAGGUGGCCUACAGGGCUAUCGGCAGCAGUUUCUCAAUCUCUGAGUACAACUCCACCAUCCAGGAAAGCCUCUACAGGUGUGGCAGGGCAGGCCAGGCUGCCUGUCUGUCUGAGUGCCCUUCCCAGCAUUAUGUCUCUCUUCAGUGUUCCCACUGUGGACUCAGGGCCAUGACUGGGCGGAUCGUGGGAGGGGCACUGGCCCCAGAGAGCAAAUGGCCUUGGCAAGUUAGUCUGCACUAUGGCACCACCCACAUUUGUGGGGGCACACUGAUUGACACCCAGUGGGUGCUCACUGCUGCCCACUGCUUCUUUGUAACCAGGGAAAAGAUCCUGGAGGGCUGGAAAGUGUACGUGGGCACCAACAACCUGCACCAGCUGCCUGAGGCAGCCUCCAUCUCCCAGAUCAUCAUCAAUGGCAACUACACUGAUGAGCAGGAUGACUACGACAUUGCCCUUGUGCACCUCUCCAAGCCCCUAACCAUGUCUGCUCACAUCCACCCUGCCUGCCUCCCCAUGCAUGGACAGACCUUCAGCCUCAAUGAGACCUGCUGGAUCACAGGCUUUGGCAAGACCAAGGAGACAGAUGAGAAGACAUCCCCCUUCCUCCGGGAGGUGCAGGUCAGCCUCAUAGACUUUAGGAAGUGCAACGACUACUUGGUCUAUGACAGUUACCUUACCCCAAGGAUGAUGUGUGCCGGGGACCUUCGGGGAGGCAGAGACUCCUGCCAGGGAGACAGUGGAGGGCCCCUGGUCUGUGAGCAGAACAACCGCUGGUACCUGGCAGGAGUCACCAGCUGGGGAACAGGCUGCGGCCAGAGAAACAAACCUGGUGUGUACACUAAAGUGACAGAACUCCUCCCCUGGAUAUACAGCAAGAUGGAGAGUGAGAGGCGCCUCCAGAAAUCUUAAGUGGCUGUCCUGCUCUACCUCACAGCACUGGCUGCUAUAGACUCUGGCCAAAAUGACUGGGCCAUCUGCAACAUUAUCUGGGCUAAAAGCUACCAGACACCUUCAUUACUGCCUCUUCCACUGUCUGCUGCCUCUGAAUAUGCAAUGUGCAUGUGCGUGUGUGCAUAUGUGUGUGCAUAUGAUUGCUCUCCCAAGGUCUUCAGAAACCAGAAUCACUGUCAGCUCUUUUCAAGCCCCAGGCUGGAAAUAAUCACCUGGAGACAACAGUUUGGAGACAACAGCAUGGAGACACCUACAGGUGUGUUCAUAAUGGAUGGAGGAGAUAGAGCCCAAGGAAGAGCCUGGAAGGUCACAUCAAGAAUUCUUGCUUCUCUGACCUCAACUUGGAGACUAGCCCAGAAUGGGCAGCCACUCAGCAGUCCUGGUGACAUCAGUGUUGUCCAGGGACAGCAGCAGCUUUUGCUGGAGUGCCUGGACUGUCCCUAGUGGGAAGAUAUCUCUGUUGACAUUACCAGCAUCCUGUUUUCUCCGACCUCGCACCAGUGCUGUGUAUGUGGAGAGGUGGCUGCACUGUGGCUGGCCAUGCUGACAGCUGUGAACAGGGCUCAUUGUUCCUGUUUGGUCACAGGCUGUUGGGGGUAUGUUUUAUUUCAUUUUAUUUUAUUUUUAUAUUUAAGAAACAGAAGUAGAUGUAUUCUUAAAGAUUCUUCAAAAAUUCCUGGAGCCAGGAGAGCUAACAUCAGUCACCUCAAGAACUCCGAGGGACAAAUGGGAGCUGUGCCACUCUCGAGUCCUGUGGAAUGUUCUUGGCCUCAAGGGACUGAAGUGGCUCCUUUGAGAUACUCAGGGAAGUCAAUCCUCAUUUGAGCUAGUGUGCAAAUCAAGGACAGAGAGAACCAUAGCUGUUGCUGUAUUCAAGGGCUAUAACUGGACAUGAAGAAAUGCUUCUCCUUGUGUCCCUCAGAGGUUGGGAAAAUCCAGGUGGACCAUCAUUCCUUAUUCACAGUACUGCCUUGGGACUUUGGAAAUUCUUUUCAGCUUUCUCUGCCUUUCAAUUUCUCAGUUGUUUCAGAAACAUAGCACCAACAUUAAAAUUACUAUGGAGAGAAAGCUGACACUGUCCUCAGGCCCUGCAAACAGUCCUUCUGAAGGAUUCCAGUUGCCCUGCUCCUGCAGACCAUCAGUGUGCCUGGCCUCCAGCUGAAGGCCAGGACCUUCCCUAGCCUUGGUGCCCAGUCCCAUUCUCCUCACCUUGCGUGGGCCUAUCUGGUGGUGCUAUGACCCUCAGAGGCAGGGUCCAAGCAGAUCAGCCCAGCCCAGCCUAGGCAAGGUAGGCUGUCCCUUGGGGGAAAGAUUGACCUGGAAAAGUAGGCUGGAAUUGCCUAGUGGCUGGACAGAGUCCAAGGGGCUGGUUACAUGUCAUGAAGGCUGGGGAGUUCAGGAAUUGACUUCCACAGCAGCCCCCAGCAAUGGUCUUCAGCAAUAAAAGUUGUGUGACCUAAA